GUAACGAUUGGUGAAUCCGCCGUUACUUCUCAGAAUUCAACAUCUUUGUUACGUGAACCUGGUGCAUUGAAAACUUUUGUGAGGGGAAAGUCCGAUUAUUUGCCGUUUACACCUGGUGGAUUGGAAUCUGAAGUGAUUGUUGAUACAAUAAGUGAAAUUGCUAAAGAACCAGAUGCACUGACAUUUGGGGAAGAUGAAUUAUUAACAGUGCCUCCUGGAUUCGAGCGUGGCUUGAUUUAUGAAG